GGUACGGAUGUGCGUUACAUCUGGCGUAGUUGAUCUGCGGGAACUCCAGGCCACCGUACUCAUGGAGGUCAUCUCCAUGGAGAUCCUCGUGCUGGCAGAACACCUAUUGAAAAAGAGGAUGAACUACCACCUAAGUAGACAACCAGCAGCCAGGGAGCUGUCCAUAUGGGCUCUGUGUCUCUAUCCAGAUAAUCUUUGUUGGAGGAUUAAGACCGUAGCAGGAAGACGUUCAACACGACCUGCAUUUGUCCAAAGAGGGUCCUUUAACCUUUCAGGACAAAUCUCCACUGCCGAUCAUAAUGUCUUUAUUGGAUUUUCUUGGGCAGGGGAAGCUGUUGGGGGUCGGAGCUCUGCUGGUGUGGCUCGUCCUCUUCCACCUUCUUGUUAAUGUUUGGCUCCUUUGCGUUUUCACCAGUCUCCUGGUGGUUCUCGGAGGCUGGCUUGGGUCACGGGCUCUGCUGGAUGCCAACAGCGUUCUCCACCUGGAGCACUUCUUGCCUCUUGGCAACAUUAACCCACCUCAGUAUUCACCUGAGCAUGAGUGGAGAUUGAACCAUGAGAUCCACAGCGCUGUCCACAAAGCAGUGCGUGACUUCGUGUCCUCGUGGUAUCGCACUCUGCUGCCCGAGGUGGAGGGCGAAUUUGAGCGUGCGGUGCGUAAUUCGAUGCUGGAGUCAGUGAUGGAACUGAAGGAGCGUGCCCGGCGAGUGGACAGAAAAGCCAUGGUUCAGCGGUUGCUGGAGGUGUACGGGGGUCACCUGCAGAACUAUAUGACAGUAAGACAGAUACAGUCGACACAAAAGGGAAGCAUGAGCUUCUGGCAGCUCUACAGUGAGGUAGACACCCCUCAUCCAGCUGUGAGCAGCAAAGCUGCUGAGCUCAGCUACUCCAGAGCUCUAGUUCACCUUAUACUACAUGUGCUGGUUCCAUACCCACAGAUGGAAACCAGGACAGGAGGUUACAUGGUUACAGAACUUAUUACCUGCAACGUGCUGCUACCACUCAUAAGCAGGAUAUCUGAUCCUGACUGGCUCAACCAGACCAUUGUAGACAUACUUACCAGAUGCAGAGAACCACAGCAGGAAAUCAACGUGGAUGACCUCCCAGUAGAUCCCCUAUACAAAUGUCAGAUCGACCAGGAGUCCUGGGCCACCUGCAAGUCACUGUCUUCUUCCGAUCAAGCUGGUCUCGCCAGCAAAAGCACCUCUGACCUUGAUGAUCUGAAUGAGAGCCGGAGCACGAUCCAUGAGAGGGAGUCCUCACUGAGCAGCAUGGUUAGCUUGGCGUCAGCUGGGAAAUUUCAAAGCUGCCGCCCAGGUCUGCUCACACCAUACAAAGUGAACUGCUGUCCGCUCACAUCUGCCCACCACUCCAACUCGUCAGAGUCCAAAAUAAUUUCACUGGACUCGCUAACUCAGGCUGACUCUGAUGAUGAUCUGAAAGGAGGCUUUUGCGAGUGUGGUCCUUCAAACAACUUCUGCAGCAUGCUCACUUCAAAAGAUGAUGAAGCCUAUGGAUGCUUUGGUCCUCUGAGAAAUCUAGGACAGAAGGUGGUGGUGCCGGUGGACUCCCAGUGGCCGGCAGGCAUAGCUCAAGAGAAAUCUCCAGGUUGCCCUAGAAGAAAGCUCUGUUUACCCUCUUAUAGCUUGGAUUCCCCCAACAACGCAGCGGCACCUGUGAACAUCCAGAAUGUCAGAAUUGGUGGCACCGUCACCGCAAAAGAGCAGCGUGGCACCGGCACACAUCCCUAUAUUCUUUACACUGUAAAGUUUGAGACACCGACCAGUGACGGCGGCGCCACUCCACAGCCUGCGGCCUGUCACGCCGUCAAUCGCAGAUACAGCGAGUUCCUCAACUUGCAGACACGUUUAGAGGAGAAGCCCGAAAUGAAGAAAUUAAUCAAGAAUGUCAAGGGCCCAAAGAGGAUUUUCCCUGAUCUCUCAUUCAGCAGUCCAGACGGUGAGAAGGUUGAAGUGCGUAAAAGCCAGCUGGAUGCCUUCCUUAAACAAUUAAGCAGCAUUCCUGAGAUAGCCAACAACGAAGACAUGCAGGAGUUCCUUGAUCUCAAUUCAGGUGUCUGUGCAUAUUUUGAAAGAAAACCUUUUGCCAAGUCAAGAAUUGAUAAGAUGAUGGAAAAUGCUUUGGACACUUUGAAGACAGCUUUCCCACAUCCAGAGCCCCUCAGCCCAACAGAGGACAUCGACGGAGAUCCUGAUGGAAGAACAAUGGACAACAGAAAAUACAGGAGGCUUUUCCCAAGCAAAAUCUCCCCAGCAUUCAAUAUACCCAACAUUCCUGAUCUACAUCCUAAAGUGACAUACUGCUUCAGUGAAGGCAGCACUGUCCUCACUGGCAUGUCACUGUCCCACCUCGAGAAUUUUGUUGGUGAGCAGGAAAGACUGUUAUGCGGACAGAAUGGGAAAGAGACCAAGCAGAGGUGUGAGCAAGAUGUGAAGAAGACUUCAGGGAAAACUCACGGCACAGACACAGCUGUGGCAGAUGUCGCUUUGAACAUCUUGUGUCUGCUGAUGAAGGAUCAGUGGAGUUGGCUGUGCACUGAGAACAUCCAGAAGGCCAUCCGACUGCUCUUCGGGACUUUCAUCGAGAGAUGGUUGGAUGUAGGUGUCGCCCACCUUACCAGUGCUCCUUGCUGGGUGAUUUACCUACAAGUGCUGCAGGAAGCUGUGUGGCCCGGUGGCACUCUGCCUGCGCAACCACAGCCUGAGCGAAGUGCUGCACAAAAGGAGAAAACAAAGGAGCAAUGUUUGGACUGCCUGAUGCAGCUGCUCCCAGAGCUCAUCACUGACAUGCUGGGUAAUGAGAAGUACAGACUGAGUUUGGAGACUAUGCUGGAGUCUUUGCAGGACCACCAGAUAAACAAGCAUCUGCUUUACUGCAUCUGUGACCUGCUGCUGGAAUUUUUGAUCCCCGAGUCGUGUGAUAAGAACUUCCAGCAUUCUCUGCUACAGAGCCUGACCAAAGACACAUAUUGAGACAACAAUGAUUGUCAUGAUGAUUUACAAAAAUGUGCCUGCUGAAGCCCAGAAUUGAUCACCAGACAGACUCGGGUCUUAAUAACAGUCACAACUCUCAGCAGCUUGUCUGAUAGAUAAAUGGAAUACACAGGUAAACAAAUAUCUGUCACUCAGUUGUGGCGAGCACAGUGUACUUUGCUGUGGUCUGUGUGGGAGCAGCAUCAGAGCUGGGAACAACAACAGACUGAAGAAACUGAUUAGGAAGGCUGGCUCUGUGAGCCAGCUAUCACCCUCUAUAACAUUGUAUAUCUGUCUGACAAAUGAUUGUCUGCCAGAUAAUAUUUGUUUAAUUCCUAUCAUUAUUUCAUGAUCAUUUAACUUCCCAUGUGUGUGAUAGACUUAGGAUUUCUCAUCUUAUCUCAUUAUCAUAAAACAAGCUUUAGCUUCCAUUUCACCUUAUAAAAAGUUUGCAUCCAAGUAAAAUAUAAUGUAUUUGUCCUCUGCCUCCAUUUGUUUACUUUUCAAGUUAAAUCUGUUAACGUUUCAGAAAGUGUCCGACAUUAUCCAAAACCUACUCUUUUGCCCCAUUUUUAGUCUUUUGGGGAGUGAUAAGAUGAUUAGGUGAUGCCUCGUUGGUGGACGCAGUUCAUGGAGAUGCAGCUUGCCAUAUACUUGUGCAGGAUGUGACAUAUUCAUAAAAGCUUGUAGUCAAUGGAGUCCAUAGGGUGAUGGCGCAACAAAGCGGCAUCAAUCACGCAGAUUAAUGAGAAAAAGGAGUGAUCCUGGCUUCAUAGUUAUAUCAUCACGCAAACUGACGUCUGGUUAACAUGUCACGCAGUUAAACAAAUUUUGGGCUCUGUUGCAGACAACAUAUGACGUUGUUUGAUAUGCUUAACAAAUACACAGUUAUUCGCUGUGUAAAACACAUGCACUGUUACUGUUGUCUUUAUUCUUGAUGCAUUUGUUUAUUCUGAUAUGGUUGCAAAUCGUGCACAUUCCUACUUUGGAGCCUGGUAAGUUCACAGCUGGCAUGAGUGCAUAUGUUCAUGAUAUCUACCUGAAGUAUGAUGAUUCGACAGAUUGCCGGGGCUUGAAAGGAAAUUAAGGAGGCUCUUCCAGGAUUUUAUAUAAAGUUUUAUUCUGUCUUUUGUCGCCCUUUAUCUAAUGAUUGCUACAGGUCUCACUGUGCUUCCCAGUGCACUUAGUGCCUUCAGCUGAGCCCUCUCACAUCUCUGAGUGAUAUCAGCAGUGUGAAGGAGGUGCUCAGAUGAAAGCUAGGGCUGAACUUCAGACAGGUGUACUGACUGAAUCAAUAAAUGUUUGAAGUUGAGAGCACUGUUGGGGAAUCCCCCUGUCUUCAACACAAAGAGUGAACUUGUGGGAUUUUAGCAGUCAUAAAGAUGAUUUUGUGCUAGUUGAUAGGUUUUCUUUGAUUACUCCUCUGUGUCAGGUCACUUAUUCAUAUAAUCCAGCUCUUCUCACACAUUCUUUCACUGUACAAACACUAUUUGUGUGAAAGGAGUUAAAGAUCAACUGAUAUUUCAUCGAUAAGUAUUGUGUUUUAGUCUUCCCAUGAUCUUUUGAUCCGGAGAGCAGUUAAAAAAAUACCAAUUUCUUCACAGCCAAAUUCCCUGAUGAGGGAUAAAUUAACUGCAUGAUUUACAAAAACCACUUUAUGUUUUGCUUGAAUGGUAAAUUGAAAAAAAAGUAAGGAAAAAAAUCACCACUUUUUAUAAAGUGCUUCCAUAUGGCAACAUAAUUUUAUUAAAUAUUUAAAAAGAAAAUUCUGCAAUUUUUCAAUAUUUCAUUGAGGGAAAAAAAAAUCUGCAUCACUUGGUAUCUGCAUGCACUCUGUACUUGAACUGAAAGCUUUAUUAUCCGUGUUAAGCACGACAGAAACAGGGACACUGGUGGCUGGUACUCAGACAACUGUCAAGCAUCCUUAAAUAGUCAGCAAGCCAGCCUACUGCAAACAAUCUCUGAAAUGCUGAAAUAAUUACAAUCAGUUCAAAGAGGGUGUUCUUCUGUAAAAAGAAAAAAAAAAUCUGGCAGUUCUGUCAUGGUGAUUGAAAAAGUCUCAAAAAUGCGCGCUCUUCCCUGCUCUGCAAUUAUCUCUUCCAAUGUAAAACACUUUUCUACCAAUUUAUUGUGUUUCCAGCUCUGUUUCUGUUUUAGAAGUGCUUUGUGGUGGAAAUCCGAGAUGAAAAACCAUAUACGUGUACGAGUACAAUUCUGUGGAAUAAUCCUGUAACACACGCAAGCGUUAUAAAGCUCUCAGACCACA